AGAGUACAUAAAGGUCCCGCGCUGUCCCCGAUUUCUGCGGGUCUUCAAUUCAAGCACACGAACACGAACGAACAAACUCGCAAUCCCGCAAUCGGCACGAUAUUCUGCACUGCAAUUGACUGCUGGCUAUUGAACCGACAAUAUACCUCUUCUUUCUUCCUCCCUAGAAAACCACAUCUGUCCGGACCGCAAUGGCCAAAAUAUUCGACGGCUGCGUGAUCGCCGUGAGCGGAUCGCACAGAGGACAUACUCAGACUCAAAUCGAACGCAGCGUCAAACGCAAUGGCGGAGUAUUUGACAAGACUGUCGAUGCGAACACAACACAUCUGGUCAGCAAUGAGGCUGACGUCGCGAAGGGGUCUGCUAAAGUCAACCAAGCCAUCGACGCCAACGUCGCCCUCGUCUCCAUCGACUGGCUUCUAAAGUCGCUUGACGCGGGCGCGAAAGAGCCAGAAGCGGAGUACGCACUCGAUGCGACCGCGCCCGCAGAUGCCCCGACAGCUGCUGCUGCUACUACCCGCUCGAGAAGGGGGAAGUCGGCGACUCCGGCUCCCGCGGAGGAGGAGGAGGGGAAUAAGGAUUCUCCUCCCGAGAAGAAGAAGAAGGCUUCUGCGAAGGGCAAGGCAAAGGUCAAGGGCAAGGGCAAGGCAGCGGUCAAAGCCGAGGACGAAGAAGAGGAGGAGGAAAAGGAGAAUGUUGUGAUGAAGACAGUGGUCAAGAAGGGAAAGGCACCUGUCGACGAGCUAUCCGGACUCGCAAAAACCUACCAUGUCUACGUCGAUGACACUGGCACCGCCUGGGAUGCCACUCUGAAUCAGACCAAUAUUGGCGCAAACAACAACAAGUUCUACUACAUCCAGCUGCUGGAGCACGAUGCUGGCGGGAAGUUCUCCGUCUUCUGCCAUUGGGGCCGAGUGGGCGAGAAGGGCCAGAGCCAAUUUAAGUGCACGGACACCGCCUUAAACACAGCAAUGUCCAAUUUCAACAAGCAGAUGAAGACCAAAUCCGGGAAAUACUGGGCCGAAAGAGAGAAUGCUCUCGGCGGUGGAAAGUUUUAUGCUUACCUCGAGAGAAACUACGAGGACGAUGACGACGAGGGCGAUGCCAUCAAGCCUCUGGACGAUGGUCCUCCGGUCCCAAAGGCGGAGAGCAAGAUCUCGAAGCCGCUCCAGGACCUGAUGCAGCUCAUCUUCAACCAAAACUACAUGCAGCAGUCCAUGGCAUCGUUGUCGUACGACAGCAAGAAGCUCCCUCUCGGCAAGCUGUCCAAGAACACCAUCAUGCAGGGGUACGAAGCCCUCAAGAUGAUCGGGGACGUGAUUGCCAAUCCGCUCACGGCAACGACCAAAUACUCCCACUACGGCUCGAACAACCGCGACAUCCUGAACCAGUUGUCAUCGCGCUAUUACACGGUAAUUCCUCACGACUUUGGCCGCAGCACACCGCCCAGCAUCGACAACCCGCAGAGCCUGAAGAAGGAAACCGAGCUGGUCGAAAACUUGGUUGACAUGAAGAUCUCCUCCGAGAUCAUCAAAGACGCCAACAGCAACGCCUCCGAAGUCCACCCCAUCGACACCCAAUACCAGUCCCUCGGCCUCAACGAAUCUGAGGCACUCGACCGGAACUCGACCGAAUUCAAGAACCUGGAAGCGUACGUCAAGAAGACGCACGGCAAAACGCACGGCAUCAAGCUCGCCGUCGAGGAGAUCUUCCGGAUCACUCGGUCAGUCGAAGAAGACCGGUGGACCGAAGCGGGCUGGCACCAGCACCCCAAAGACAACCGCAAGCUCCUGUGGCACGGCAGCCGCACCACCAACUUCGGCGGUAUCCUCUCGCAGGGCCUGCGCAUCGCGCCGCCCGAGGCCCCCGUCAACGGCUACAUGUUCGACAAGGGCAUCUACCUCGCCGACAUCGUGUCGAAGUCCGCCAACUACUGCUGCGCCUCCUCGUCCGGGAACACCGGCCUGCUCAUGCUCUGCGAAGCCCAGCUUGGCGACCCCAUGCUCGAGCUCACGCACUCAGACUACCACGCCGCAAAGCGCUGCAAGGACAGCGGCCGCCUCGCCACCAAGGGCCUCGGGCAGACCGCGCCGAAGGCCUGGGAGGAUGCCAGCGUCGUCCACCCCCAGCUCGCGGGCAUCUCCAUGCCAAAGGUCUCCGGUAAGGAGUCGACUAUCUGUGCGGACCUUAACCCGAAAAAUGCUUGGCUGCAGUACAACGAAUACAUCGUCUACGAUGUCUCGCAGGUCAAGAUCAGAUAUCUGUUCAGGUGCAAGUUCAACUACUAGACUACCUACUUGGAAGAAGGAGGGCGGGACAGUGUUUUGGUUGUUGCGUUUUUGGGAUGGGCGGGGAUUUGCGACGGCGUGUGUUGGGUUGUCUUUUUGGUUGUCUGCCGUUUUGCUUGCUUGCUUGUCGGGUUGCUUGCUUGUCGUUUUGCUUACUUUUCAUAUUGCUUACUAUCUACUUGCUUGGUCUGCGUUUUGUGCGUGCAGAAAAAAGCUUCUUACCGGAAUUUGAGCGAUGCUUCCUUCCUCAGUACCUAGUGAAUUGCGAAUCGGGGGACGCGUGACACCUACAGUGUGGCCAGCGGCCAGUCAUCGAGUAUGUAUACACCGUGGGUCUGUGAAUGACCCCUCACGAGUCUCCAUGGCUAUCGGAGC